AUGGAGUUUAUCGUUGGGACGGUCUUGGCUGGUGUCCCCAUAGUCCUUGAGGCCUACGAUCGAUACUGGGACCUAUCAAAGGGCUUCACCACAUUCCGCCAAUACUCGAAAGAACUGGUUAAACUGGACACAAUUCUCAAGACACAAAAAACUCUUUUCAGAGGCAACAUUAUAAAACUGCUCACUGCCAUAACGAACGAUCCAGAUAGAGCGCGCGCUUUACUAUCGGAAAGGAGCCAGGAAACAUGGCAGACGUUGCAGCUUGAAACUAUCAACAGCGAGCAACGCCUCGAGUCACUUAGAGACACAUUUACAUCCUGGAAGGCCACGCUUGAUCAGGUUCUUUCAUCCGUCACUGCCAUAUGCCUCGAGGUGGAGACCUUUCGAAUAACGAACGCGGCGCCCGUUGACUCACUACCCUCAAGAGAGACUCUGAAGCAACUACGGAAGCGAUUUCGACUGUGUUGGAGGAAGGGCGAAGUUCAAGAUUCCAUUAAGGAGUUGCGGGACUUUACGGCUGACUUUAACGAGUUGACGGCUCGAAUCAUCAGCGAACUCAAAGAGGUGCAGAGCACACCAGCCAAGGAUCCUGCAAUGCGAUCAAGAACAAGCCAGUCUGUGAGCCUUGACAGGUAUCGGCAGAUCCAGUCGGCAUCCCUUCGACUAUACAACACCUUUGCUCAGAGAUGGUCUUGCACAUCACAUCCCAGACACGCCGCAAGCAUCUCUCUUGUUGAUUUCCAUAAGUCCGGAAAGUCAAAAGUCGCAGAGAACAGUAUAAAAUUCGACGUCGCCAUCGCUUGUGAAGCUGGGUCUGCUGAAGCACCCGACUCGCUGAUCUGGUUGGAGGUCGAAACGGUCGACACAAAAACUUCAAAGGCCGUGAAAACGACCCAGUCCAAGACGAUUGAUGAGGGUUCCUGGGAAAAUACUAUACAAAGGAUGACAGAGAGUGCUCACCGGGUAGCCUUGGAGCCAUCUGGAAGCCUCGACAUCGAUAAUUCGGCCAAUAGUAGCCAGACAAGCAACUCAGAUUCUGUCAUCGAUCUCGAGAUGAUCGAGGAUCUCUGCCGGCUAUUUCAGAUCCCAAGGCCGAUAUGUUCCUCUACCUGCGUCGGCUACAUCACAUACGCCGGACUUCAUCACUUCUAUCUCCCGCCUCCAGAACGGCAGCCACCAGGGCAACAAACAUCCCUGGCAGAAAUCAUUACCUGGAUAUCUGGGGAUGAGUUUACUCGUAGUCUUCCAAGAACCGCCAUGGUUAAUCUUUCCGGCUCCCUGGCUACUGCUGUCUUGCAAUAUCACUCCACACCCUGGCUGCCCAAGACUUGGGAGAGCAGCCAGGUACUCUUUGGUGGAUCUGGGGACACCCUGGAGGACGCCAGCUCCAUCUCAUCAACGAGUCCAUACUUUCGAGUCGACUUCUCCACGGCCCCUGAAACUAUAAACCGGAAGGAAUUCGACCGCAAGCCCGUAGGUAGCCAUCCUCAAGCAAAUAACCGAGCUUUUUCAACACCGACACCCUCUUCACUGGCCCGUAACGCGAUUCUCUUUCGCCUGGGCAUUAUCCUCCUCGAGCUGGGAUACAGUCAACCAUGGCCACAUCUCCGAAACCGGUUGCUCUCAACACUCCCCCCACAGAGUCAAACGGACUACGAUGCCGCCGAGAAGCUGGCUCAGACACCACUCUUGCGAAAUCGGAUGGGGCCAAGGUUCUCAACUAUAUACCGUUAUGAGUCAGAUAGCUUGGGUGUUUAUGGCUACGUCUAA